AUGCACCAUCUUGAAGGUCCCUGGGCGGCGGCAGAUAGCACUAGGCGUCCGCCAUACAAUUCGGAGGCAUCGGACCUCUCAAGAGAUGAUCGGCGACCGCUCAUUCAUGUGCAGUCCACCGACUCGGCAGAGACCCGCAUCGAGCCAGUAGAGUCUGGGCAAACCCAACGACCCAAGAGCUCAGUGACCGCCGAGACCGGCGCCGCCCAUGUCACCGGCGCUCCGCACGGAUCUUACAACAAGCUGUCUAACACAGACUGGGACUCGGCCGAGUCGCCUCGUCACGGUGGAUGGGACUACACACCAGGGAGAACAGACACAAAGUCCCAUCUAUCCCACAGAGAAUCCGGUCUCACUCCUUCUGCACCCAAGCAGCCAUGGAGCACAUCCCUCAAGGGCUGGCUACCAGAGCUCAUAUGGUCAAUCAUAAGCAUCGCCUCCGUCGCCGCUCUCGCCGGGGUGCUAUCCCGCUUCGAUGGCCAACGACUGCCCGAAUGGCCGCUAGGCCUGACACUCAACACUCUCAUCGCCUUCCUCGCCACGCUGGCGAGAGCUGCGUUUGUUAUCCCAGUGUCUGAGAGCUUGUCGCAGUUGAAGUGGCUCUGGUAUCGCAAGGAGAGGCCGUUGAAGGAUUUUCAGGAUUUCGACUCGGCUAGCAGAGGACCUUGGGGGAGUAUCCAACUGUUGAAGACGACUAAGGGUUGGUCCCCGAGUCUCAUUGCUACGAUUGUCAUGAUCACGGCAAUCUUCACGUCGACUUUGACGCAAUCCGCCGUCACAUACCCCGUCCGCCUCGCGCGCGUAGACGGUGAUGCGACAGUGCCCCGAUCAACAUCAUACUUCUUUAGUACAUCCAAUACCUUCUCCAGUUUACAACAGGAAAACUACGUCCAACAAUCAAUCUUCGAAGGCCUAAGCUAUGACCACACCCAAGAAUUUCCCCUCAGUCCAGCCCGCUGUCCCACGAGUGAAUGCCAGUGGGAAACAUACAGCUCGCUGAGCAUUUGCGCCAAAUUCUGGAACGUGACAGAAUCGUUAAACGUCACGACCAAAGAGACGCCCACCGGAACACCGCGGGUUAGAGCUUCUCUUCUUAAUGGGGUGUCUGCGGACUUGAGCGGUAAUUACUUCGGUCUCAUCAAUCUGCAAGGUACUCGGAAGCCAAUUGCGUCGGAUGUGAACCCUGAGGCAGCACUCUUUAACUUCACGGUGAUUUACUCCCUGCGAGACGGCGUCGAAGGCACAGUCGGAGCCACGGAAGCUGUGCUCUAUCUCUGCGCAAAGACAUACAACCUCUCCUUCAACGGCAACAUUGAAUCGCGCAAAGUCGUCGAGAUCACCUCAGACGUCGAACAGGGCUCCAUCACGUUCCCCUCCGGCCAGGUACGAGACGACCUACCCGCGAUACGAGACCCCCUCAACCCCGAUGGCGAGAACUUCCCCUACGGCGGUACCGGGUUCGGCGCGAUGCAGGACAGUCUGAGGAAUGCGCUCAACGGGUCGUAUUCGGAUCUCAGUAACGUGCCGAGUGCACUCGGUCUCGCGCCGGCUCGGUACCUGGCUGCGAUACAGUACGGCGCCAAGACGUUGGAGGCGCAGGGGCGGGCGAAUGUGUCGCAGGAGGUUGUGAUUAAUGAGGCUGUUGCGAAUAUUACGAAUAAUGUUGCCAGGAGCUUGUCGAAUCGCAUAACAAAUGAUACCACAAUAGCAAGUGGGCAAGCACUCGCAUUGGAAACAUUCGUACAAGUUCGCUGGCCUUGGCUUGCGUUCAUAUCCUGUCAGGCCGUGCUUUCCAUCAUGCUCCUGGCUCUCGCCAUCGUUCAGACCAAAGCAGCGGGUAUCGGGGUGGUGAAGAGCUCUACGCUACAGGCCAUGGUCGCUAUCAACUCCAAGGAUAAGCAGGCUCUUGAGAUUGGGCUUGCGCAGGGGCACCAUCAGGAAGAAGUUGAUGAUGUCGUUAAGAGAGGGCCUGGGAUAGCUUGGAGCUUGGGUAUGACCCGCUUUAUGAAUACUUACGCCGUUCCAUCUCACGUCCAUUCUUCCAACUUCUAUUCCCCCAACAUUAUGUCACAGAUAGGUACAGUAGAGACAACAUUCGCAAUGUCUCGACAGCUUCUACACCGCGGACUCGCCGAAACAGGCCUCCUGGCCCUCGGCAGAUCCCACCCCGACAUCAAAUUACUAUGCCUCCAGCGCUUCGUGCGCAUGUUCGCCUACGGCGCGACGACCUUGCAGCUAGUAGCGUACUUUGAACUCCUCGGCCUCUCGGCGACGCGAAUUGGUCUGUUCAUGGCGUUUACGCUCGUCGGCGACGUCUGCAUCAGUUUAGUUCUCACUUCCAUCGCCGAUGGCGUCGGGCGGAAGGCGGUGCUAGCUGCAGGCGCGGCUUUGAUGGCUGUUAGCGGUGUUGUUUUUGCGAUGUGUAGCGGGUUUUGGGUGUUGUUGGCUGCUGCUGUGGUGGGGGUUAUAAGUCCAAGUGGCGCUGAAAUUGGACCUUUCCGGGCUGUGGAAGAGAGUAUCGUCGCGCAUCUGACUACCGCUGAGGAUAGGAGCGAUGUCUAUGCCUGGUAUAGCCUCAUGGGUGCGGCCGGAACUGCCUUUGGGGCGAUGACGAGCGGCUGGACGGCGCAUUACUUGACGACGAGUGCCGGCUGGGGACUUGAGCAUGCGUACCGUGUAGUCUUUUACGGGUAUGCGGUGCUCGGAGUGUUCAAGUUCUUCCUCGCCUUGCUCCUGAGCCGUGAUAUUGAGGCAGAGCGGGAGGAAGCUGGGGCGUCUGCGGAAGAGACGACUCCGAUUCUGGGCGAACGAUCGGCUGAGAGGGAAUUUGAGGUCAAGACUUGGCGGUCGAAGAUUGUUCCGAGGAUUGAGAGGGAGAGUAUGCCUGUUGUCGCUACCUUGUGCUUCUUCUUUGCGCUUGAUUCUUUUGCCUCGAGCUUGACUACCCAGUCCUGGAUCGCCUUCUUCUUCCGGUGGAAGUUCAACGUGGACGAUGGAACUUUGGGCUCUUUAUUCUUCACCACGAGCCUGCUGGCAGCGGCCACAACUCUAGUCGCAUCCUCGAUAGCCAAGCGAAUCGGCAACCUCAACGCCAUGGUCUUCACCCACCUCCCCUCGACAAUCUUCACCGCACUCAUCCCUCUUCCGCGAGACGCCACCACGGCGAUCGUGUUUCUGAUCUUCCGCGCCCUGACGCAUUCCAUGGACGUCGCGCCGAGAGCCGCUUUCCUUGCUGGCGUGAUUUUGCCCAAGGAGCGGACUACUGUGUUGGGCUUGAUCAAUGUUUUGAAGACGUGCACGUCGAGUGUUGGUCCCGUGGGUGUGGGUAUCUUGGUAGAUAAGAAUCUCUUCUGGGUUGCUUUUGUGGGUGCUGGAUGUCUCAAGGUUGUGUACGAUCUUGGGAUGUUGGUUUCGUUCCGCAAGCAUGAGCGAGAGCUACGGAAUGGAGCGGCUGGGAGGGCUAUCACCAUUGUUCUCGAUCAUGAUAAGCUCGUAACAAAAAACCUCAAGAAGAUGUGGUGA